AAAUAUAAAGAGAUAUUUCAGGAUGUAGAGAGAGAGAGGGAUAGAUACAGGGAGAGUCAUAGAUUUAGCACAAAAGAGAAAGAUAAAUAUAGAUUUGUAUAUAGACGGGAAGCAAAACAGGGCCGGUGUUACCUGCUGGGAGGUGCAAUGAGGCUGUGUUAUCGAUACUGGCCAGACGCAGGUUGCAGCAACAGCAGCAGCAGCAGCAGGGCAUUCCUCCGGCUGGAUGUCUGUUAUUCUGAGGCAGUGCUGUGAGUGGUGCGUAGUACCACCAAAUCCAGCAAGACUGUGGCGGGGGAGAAAAUCUCUGACAUGCCCACGGAGAUGCUUCAGUCAGAAGGCGUGGGCAAGGAUGUCACCCUACCUGCUGCCACAGCCGGCUCGGCUCAACCCGGCGCGGUGCCAUUGCGGAUCCUCAACAAGGGGCCUGAAUACUUCCGCAGGCAGGCCGCAGAACAGCACCAACCCCAUCGUAUGAGCGCCGUGGAGAGGCUGGAGGCGGACAAGGCCAAGUACGUGAAGAGCCAAGAGGUGAUCAACGCCAAGCAGGAGCCUGUGACGUCUGCUCUUCUCCUGCCCAGCCCUCCUGGACCCCCUGGUGGCCCUGCAUAUGGUCCCAAGAGAGCUGGCAGCAGCCCUGCCCUCAAAGCCUCCAACAAAAACAACGGUAAAUCUGAUGUGUGCCAAGCCAAGCGUGCCAACCUCAAUUUAGAGAUCCUGCGGAAUCUUCUCAACAGUUCAGAGAGUUGCAUGGCGGGCCAGGGGAAUGGAGCGAGGAGCUGGGCCCCACAGCGCUCCCGGUCCAGCGAGCUUCACCGCCGCUCCUUUGCUGAGUCGCUGCGGGUGUUCCCCACGCAGGGUGCCAACCUCAACCUGAGCGCCAGCCUCCUGCAGGAGCGGCCUGUCGAGGGCCUGCUGCACCUCUCACUCAGCUCCUCAGACUUGCGCUUGCCCCUCCGUGUGAAGCCCGGCAUUAGCGGUGGCUCCGGCCCGCCCCCGCCACCCAAGCCCCAUGCCUCUGUUCCCCGGAGACCAUCCCUGAACCGGUCCAAAUCUGACCUGAGUGAGCGCUAUGCCCGAGCAGGCGCUGACGUGGAGCGCUUCUUUAACUACUGUGGGCUGGACCCCGGGGAGCUGGAGGGCCUCGGUGUGGUGGAGAGCUUUGCCCGGGCCAACUCCGACCUCCUCUCCCUCAACUUCCGCAGCGCCAGCAUGAUCAGCUCCGACUGCGAGCGAUCGCUACAUAGCAACGACAACCUGACAGACGACGCGGACUCGGCUGAGCGCGUUCCCUACGGAAUAUCUGCCGUCGAGCGCAAUGCACGCGUUAUCAAAUGGCUGUAUAGCAUCAAACAUGCACGAGAGUCUCAGAAAGUCUCCCAUGUUUGAGAGGACUCGAGCUUUAUUAGGUCAUGAUUAGCGGAACUAGCUACAAAAGGCAUUCAUAACCCAUCCAUAAGCACUAAAUAAAUAUAACUACUACAUAGGUAGUUGAUAAACGCUUUGUGAUGUAUUUAACAUAGCAUCUUACAGUGCAUUUAUGUCAAAGUAUAAUAUCAUUAUUGGUAUUUCUGAACCAUUUGUAAAUCAAUAGUAAACUAUAAAUCAUCAUGUAUUAUGCAUUUGUUCAUUUAUUAACAGUAAGUUAAUACAAUUGAAUAAUUUUUUAUUCAUUAUCAUGCCAGAUGUCAUAGCACUAAUGUCACUCAUGAAGACAUCCGGAAACACUAUGAAAUAUCUACAUGAUAAAGAAACGUAAAAUGCGUAAACAUAAAACACUUGUUGGAGUACAUGCAUAUGUAUAGUAAAACAUGUAUAUGUGUAAAGUAUGUAUUGAAUCAUCAACAACAGGCCUUAUACUGUAUAAAGGUAAACACGGUUAUAUGGAUUAGUGUUUAUAAGUAGUUUAAAAGCAGGCAUUCAAAUAAAAGUGUUUCCAAUUACAAAACCUUCCCACAAUUAAAAUUUGGACCUAAGGACUGCUAACCAAAGUUCCAACUAAAGGACAAGACAUACCUACACGCUGGUGGCAGUCCUAACGCCUCUGACCACAGAACAUUGGCCUUCCUUUUCUUUUUAUUUCCCUACAAUUCUACAUGUUGAAUCGACACCGUUCGUUGACACCCAGCAGGUGAUCUACUGCGCACGGCCAACAUUCGUGUUGGUCUGUCUUGUCCUUUAAGGAUAGGAUGCACUAUAGGGUGAUGCUAUGUCAAACUGUGACGUUUUCAUACAGUAACCCUAUAUGCUGCUGUUUCAUCAUGUUUACCUAGUGCUUACAGUAAGGUUGUAAAUGCUUCCUGUAGAUACAGUGGAUGUAAUUCAUUAUCCAUUAUGCAUUAUUUGAUCUACAAUAGGUAUUUGUGGUCCUGAAAACAUUGUCCUGUCAGCCUGCAUGCUUCCCCAAACCUGCAGUUCUCAAGACAGAACCUUGAUUUUAAGAUGGCUGCUGUAGUACCUUACUAUCCUUCAACAACAAAAACAACUAGUUAAGCAGCAUUGGCACAGUCAGCAUUGUCUGGGUACAUGGACUGAUACUCAAGUCAUUCCUGAGGCUGGGCGCAUUAUGUUCUGCUAUUUGCACUUCAGUGUUGAUGCUUAGCUCCUGUGUGCUUUUAUCAAUACCCACGUGUGUGUCUGUGUCCAAGCGUUGUGUGAAUAUAAACUCUAUAGCUGGCAAAGCAUGUUAUCAACUUCUAUUUGGUUUUGUAAUGGUUCUGUAGUUUCCUCCAUGUGGUCACUGUUGUGUUCAUUGGCGAAUUAGAACCGGAUGGUUGCGUUUGGGGACUAUUGGCUUGCUCUACGUGUCAAUGCAUCACCAAUGCAAUGUACCAGUGGCCCAAGAUCUUUUUGUAUUGUAUAAUGUAUACUGUAUAAGGACAUGCAUAGCACUUCAACUGCUACCAUAACUAUGAAAGGCUCAAUUCUGCUUGUUACUGUAUUAAAUAGCUUAUCAACUGCU